AAAAUAAUGAGCUCAAGACAGCAUUUUCGAUGCUUGAUAAAAACCAAGAUGGACGGGUUAAUUUGAGCGAAAUGAAAACAAUGCUCUCUAACUUAGGAAUUCGAAUGGAAGAUUGUGUUGUUGAAGCUCUUAUCAAACAAGCUAGUGAAAGAGAUGAUGGUCUUGUAAGUGAAGAAGAAUUUUUGAGCUGGAUGGCCAGCCAAGAAGAAAUCGGGGGACACGACGAUGAUCUAAUGGAAGACUUACUAGCAGCUUUCCGAGUCUUUGACAAAGAUGGUAAUGGGUACAUUACGAGGGAUGAAUUAAAAAUGGCAAUGGAUUUAAUAGGAGAAUCUGUGACGGAAGUGCAGCUAGAUAAUAUGUUAAAAGUAACGGAUAUAGACAACGAUGGCAGAAUAAAUUAUGAAGAAUUCGUUAAAAUUCUGCUGUGAAGAUAUCGAUUAGAAUCUCUUCGUCAUCAGAUUUUGUUUCACGAGAAGUUGAAGAAUGUUUUUACGAUCACAUUUUGUGCUUUGUUUUUUAUAUGGAAUCUGCGUUUUCUUACUUGCGCAAGUCACGAACAAUGCAAUCUCUGUUCAUAUUUGAAAUAUAUGUAAAUAAGUCUACAGUGAUCCUCAGUCUGAAAAGGAUGGUGAAGAUAUUACCUGUCGAUAGGACCUGAGAAGAGUUUUUUGUGUAUAAUCGAUGUAAGUGGAACAAUUAGCAUCUAAUAUGGGCCUAAAAAUACAAAUUAAGCUUCUAAUAAGGCUGUUUGUUAAAAGUUUACUUAUUCUUGAAAUAAAUUAAUGUUCUCAAACGCUUAUUAAACACAGCUGUGAUAUUUUAGAAGUUGAAACUAAUGUAAAACUUUGAUAAUUUUUGUUUUAUCAAAAGUGAUAUAAAGAGGAGAGUAAAAAUGUGAAAUUUUGAGGAAAGAAGACAAAAUAUUAUGAAAACGAAAAUUUAAUAAUUUCAUUUUUUUUAUCAUAAGACCUACAUGAAACGCUGUUUGACGUUUUCUCGAGGCUUUUAAUUUGAUUUUAAGUAAUGUGAUCAUUCUGAAAAAUAUGCCUUUCAGCAUUUUGGGGAAAUACGGCUUUAAUAUAUGACAUAAAUUUGUUAUCAUAAGAGAUUUUGAAAUAUCCAUUUCUUAAAGAAUAGUAAUAUUUUAUUGACUAUUUCUUUCAUGCAAUAACGUUGCUUUUAUCAGUAUUAUUUAGAGAACUUUUUAUAUUGAUUAUUUCUUAAAUAAUUAAUUACAUUUGUAAUACAAUGUAAUGAAUGAGCUUUGAUGUAAUUAGUAAAGGUGAAGAUCUCAGUUUAAGAAAUGAUCUCUACUAAGAAUAUAUUUUUGUAACUCGAUACACGUGAUCAAAGUAUAUAAUGUAUCUCAUGUAACAUGCAAUUUUAUUAUAAUAACUUGGUAAAAUCUUUCAUCGAAAGGUAAGCGCUGUGUUAUGUGUGUUAAUUAUCUAAUUAUAUUUAUAAAGCUAAUUGAUAGAAAAUGUUAUAAUACUUAUUCUGUUCUUUGUAACAAACUUUAUUUGAAUUUGAUUCACAAAAGUAGUUCCUUAAUGUGUAAUAAAAGACGUAUGUAUGAUAAUUUAUAAAAUAAAGACAUAAAAGGAAACAAGUUG